AUGGUGGUGUCGUGGCUAGAUCGUCCGGACAAGACGGAGGAGGCUAAGUCGACCUUCGAGGAGAUCCCCGACUGCGUGUAUGCCUCCAAGCUGUUGGGCUCCCUGGGCCAACUGGAAUUCAUGGCAUGUGAUUGUGGGGAACACUGGCUGGCCAAACUCAAUAAGAACAUGGCCUGUGGCGAACUGCUGGAUUGUAUCAACCGCGUGACCCUGGUGGAGUGUGUCAACGGGAAACUGGGCUGCGGUGACAACUGCCGCAAUCAGCGUUUCCAAAACCAUCAGUACGCCCCCAUUCAGGUGUUCGAUACCGACAACAAAGGUUACGGGGUUCGAGCCAAAGAAAGCUUGAAAAAGGGCACGUUUAUUUAUGAGUACAUUGGCGAAGUUAUCGGAGAAGAAGACUUCAGAAAACGGAUGGUCGAGUAUGACCAAGCCAACAUGAAGCAUUUCUAUUUCAUGAUGUUGACGCUGACGGCGUUCAUCGACGCCACUCGGAAGGGGGCACUUUCUCGGUUCUGCAACCACAGUUGUAACCCUAAUGCGUACGUGGAUAAGUGGGUGGUGGGGCGUAAGUUGAGAAUGGGGAUUUUUGCCAAGCGUGAUAUCGAAAAGGGUGAAGAAAUCACUUUCGACUACAACGUCGACCGCUACGGUGCUCAAAGUCAGCCCUGUUAUUGUGGCGAAGCUAACUGCAUUGGGUUCAUGGGGGGUAAAACUCAAACCGAUGCGGCGUUGCUCUUACCUGAUGGCAUCGCCGAGGCGCUCGGGGUCACUUCCAAACAAGAACGCCAGUGGUUGCGUGAAAACAAGCACUUGCGUAAAGAACAACAAUGGGACGACGAUACUGUCAAUCGUCAUUUCAUCGAACAAGUCGAGGUCAAACCUUUGGAAAACGACUUCGAAGUGCUGAAAGUCAUGUCGGCACUCAUGAAAACUACUGAAGAGCCAUUAGCUCGUAAGUUGAUUCAGAGGAUCUAUAUCACCGAAGAUUCCGAUUUGCAAAUGGCGGUGAUGAGAUUUCACGGGUACAAAACAUUCCUGAGUAUCUUGAAACAGUUUGCCGAUGACCAAAACUUGGUCCACAUGGUCCUCUCCAUUUUAUUAAAGUGGCCUCGCGUCACCAAAAAUAAGAUUUCAUCGUCUCAGAUCGAAGAUGUGGUGCUGAAGUUUGCCGAUACUACUUCAGACGCUGACAUUCAGACGACUGCUAAGGAGUUGUUGACCGAGUGGAGUAAGCUUCAAAUGGCUUACCGCAUUCCCAAGUCCAAGGCAGGCUCGCUGGUAAGCUUUUUUGAUCGCAAUACUCGACUGCCGCUGGAAGACGUGGCUGAGAAUCUGCUGGCAAGGGAAGCUCUGGACCCCCCUGCUAAUGCUAAUGAACCUGAAGUGGCGCUCCCCGAAAACUGGGCUGUUGCGAUCGAUCCCAAUUCAGAUAAGCGGUAUUACUACAAUCGUAUCACGAAGGAAACCCGGUGGGAUCCUCCCGAAGCCGCGCCGGCAGUACCAUUGGGGCCGAAACGUUUACAAAAGAAGGAAGAACAUGGGCGUCGAGAACGGGAGCAACGCCCGAAAGAGCGUGAACGUGGUCGGGAGAUGAGGGACGAAGAGCGUCGUUUGCAACAAGAACGUGAGCUCAGACAAAAUCAAUUGCAACAGCGAGAGCAAGAGAUUCGAGCCAUGAUCGAAAAGGCUCAAGAGGAAGCUCAACGUAAACAGGAAGAGGAGGAACAACGCAAACGAGAGAAAAGAGAGAAACUCAAGGCGAAGCUUGGUCAUCACAAGCUGGAUCUGCUGCUACUGACUAAAGUAGAUAAGUCAUCCAAACCGAAAAAGAGCAGUUCUGACAAGCUGAUUUCGAAGCUGAAAAAGCCUGAUCAAAAACCGAGCCUGGUUAAAAGCAAACCCUCCAGCAGCAAGACGCCGGUGCAAAAGUGGUGUUUAUUACUUGCCAAAUACGUCCCUAACAUGAUCCGAAAAUUCGAAGGAGAGAUCGGAUAUGACAACAUAAAGGGUUGUAGCAGAGACCUCGUGCACAUUCUUGCUGAGAAAGAAAUGAAGAAAAAUGAGAGUGGAGAAAUUCCGAAUGAGCUUGAUGACAAGCGACUCAAAAAGAUCAAGGUCUUUGCCCGUGAGUAUAUGGAUCACUUCCUACAAAAGUAUCGCAAAAAGCACGCUAAUAAGCGUAGCAGUAACGGCGAUGCUGACACCGCUGAACCCGCAACCAAGCGGGUGCGGACCGAAUGA